CUAGAAACAAGAACAAACUUUGCUAUGGAGCCUGUGUUGUGUCCCUGUAAUUGUAACUACAGAGGGAAAACGUUGAUACUUAGCAACAAAACAGCACUCAAGAUCUUUGAAUGGUCCCUUGCUGCUGCAUUCUGUUUCUGUUAACCACCAACCCUUUAUACAGAGCUCCAGUUUCAGGGUCAAGACAGCUCUGCUUAGAAGGACAAACAGUAUCUUAUUAAUGAACAUUGGGAUCGUGGUCUGGAGCUGAGACAGGCUUAGAUUUUCCCAGCUUAUACACCUACCCAGGCCUCCUUCCUCUGUAACAUUCAAAAUAUUUGGCUGCCAACCUUGUCAUUAAGCUGUAACAUGGGUGGAGUGUGAUUGGUGAGAGUGUACUGAGAAGGGAGGUAGGUUGUGACAAUCUUACUGGAGUUAUUUCUAGUUAAAUGCCUGGCCCACUUCUGAAGUGAUUUCCAAGCUGGAAGGAGCAUUCUGAUGAAAACAACUAGAGAGAAUAACACAGUUUUAUUUUCCAUUGGGUCUUUAAUACACACCUGAAUAUCUUACAGAAGCCAAAUAGUGCAGGGCCAGAGAGAAAUCAUGAAACACAGAGAGAGAAAUUCCAGUGCUGGCAAAGGAGAAAAUUCUUUACAUAUUUCAACUGGGUUUUGAAAUGAGAAGGAGGAUGUAGGCUACAGAUGGAGGAGAAAGCUCUGCUGUCAGUGAAAUUGUGUGAAAGAGUUACAAAGGGGACUGAGGCCAGGGAGGGGGAGUAGAGAAAAACACAUCCAGGAGUAAAUCUAUGCAGGGUCUCUAGCAAGCCAGGUAGGGGACUUUGAACUGGGUCCUGCUACGAACGGGGAGGCCACUCCGGUUGUCUGAGGAUGGGGAGAUAUGGCUGAGUCUGUUGAUUUGUAUGAAGAGUUUUGCCCACGUCCCAGGAAGAUGGCUUACCAGCAGCAAUGCAAACAGCCCUGCCUGCCUCCUCCAUGCUGUGAGACCAAGUGCACUACCAAAUGCCUGGAUCCCUGCUGCAAAGUCUGUGUGACCAAGUGUGUGACAAAAUGCGUGGAUCCCUGCUGCAAAGUCUGCGUGAAGAAGUGCACUACAUGUGUGCAUCCAUGUCCAUGCCCUCAAAAGUGCCUUCCAUGCCCUCCGUGCCUUCCAAAAUGCCCACCUGUGCAGGACUGCUGCAAAGAAAAGAAGCUCUGCGUCGGUGGUUCCGAGGGCACUAACAGAGCUUCUUUUCUUUGCAGCAGUGCUGCACAGGUGGGCAUUUUGGAAGGCACGGAGGGCACUUUUGAGGGCACGGAGGACAUGGACAACACUUUUGAGGGCACGGAAGACACUUUUGAGGGCACGGAGGACAUGGACAACACUUUUGAGGGCACGGAAGACACUUUUGAGGGCACGGAGGACAUGGACAACACUUUUGAGGGCACGGGCAUGGAUGCACGCAUGAAGAUGACUUACCAGCAGCAAUGCAAACAGACCUGCCUGCCCCCUCCUUGCUGUGUGACCAAGUGCACUACCAAAUGCCUGGAUCCCUGCUGCAAAGUCUGUGUGACCAAGUGUGUGACAAAAUGCGUGGAUCCCUGCUGUAAAGUCUGUGUGAAGAAGUGCACUACAUGCGUGCAUCCAUGCCCGUGCCCUCAAAAGUGUUGUCCAUGUCCUCCGUGCCCUCAAAAGUGUCUUCCAUGCCCUCAAAAGUGUUGUCCAUGUCCUCCGUGCCCUCAAAAGUGUUGUCCAUGUCCUCCGUGCCCUCAAAAGUGUCCUCCAUGCCCUCCGUGCCUUCCAAAAUGCCCACCUGUGCAGCACUGCUGCAAAGAAAAGAAGCUCUGUUACAGUCCUGCACAGGUGGGCAUUUUGGAAGGCACGGAGGGCAUGGACAACACUUUUGAGGGCACGGAGGACAUGGACAACACUUUUGAGGGCACGGAAGACACUUUUGAGGGCACGGAGGACAUGGACAACACUUUUGAGGGCACGGGCAUGGAUGCACGCAUCAGUGCUGCACAGGUGGGCAUUUUGGAAGGCACGGAGGGCAUGGAGGACACUUUUGAGGGCAUGGAAGACACUUUUGAGGGCACGGAGGACAUGGACAACACUUUUGAGGGCACGGAGGACAUGGACAACACUUUUGAGGGCAUGGAAGACACUUUUGAGGGCACGGAGGACAUGGACAACACUUUUGAGGGCACGGGCAUGGAUGCACGCAUGUUCAUGGGUGUCUACGAAGUUUUCAUGCUAUGUGGGUCUUUUAAAGUGAAACAGAAGAGAGAUCGAAAUGGCAGUGCUGGACAGGUGGGCAUUUUGGAAGGCACGGAGGGCAUGGAGGACACUUUUGAGGGCACGGAGGACAUGGACAACACUUUUGAGGGCACGGAGGACAUGGACAACACUUUUGAGGGCACGGAGGACAUGGACAACACUUUUGAGGGCACGGGCAUGGAUGCACGCAUGAAGAUGGCUUACCAGCAGCAGUGCAAACAGACCUGCCUGCCCCCUCCUUGCUGUGUGACCAAGUGCACUACCAAAUGCCUGGAUCCCUGCUGCAAAGUCUGUGUGACCAAGUGUGUGACAAAAUGCGUGGAUCCCUGCUGUAAAGUCUGUGUGAAGAAGUGCACUACGUGUGUGCAUCCAUGCCCGUGCCCUCAAAAGUGUUGUCCAUGUCCUCCGUGCCCUCAAAAGUGUUGUCCAUGUCCUCCGUGCCCUCCGUGCCUUCCAAAAUGCCCACCUGUGCAGGACUGCUGCAAAGAAGAGCAGCCCCUUGCAGAUAGCUGCAGUGCUGCACAGGUGGGCAUUUUGGAAGGCACGGAGGGCAUGGAGGACACUUUUGAGGGCAUGGAAGACACUUUUGAGGGCACGGAGGACAUGGACAACACUUUUGAGGGCACGGGCAUGGAUGCACGCAUAACAUUCAGCAGAAUCAGAGGCUGGUGCACUGGGGAACACUUCUCCAGAGAGAGCAUCACCAUUGCAAACCACUGCACAAAGAACAAACAUGGGGGAGGAUGCACUUUUUGCCCACGUAACAGGAAGAUGGCUUACCAGCAGCAAUGCAAACAGACCUGCCUGCCCUCUCCUUGCUGUGUGACCAAGUGCACUACCAAAUGCCUGGAUCCCUGCUGCAAAGUCUGUGUGACCAAGUGUGUGACAAAAUGCGUGGAUCCCUGCUGUAAAGUCUGUGUGAAGAAGUGCACUACGUGUGUGCAUCCAUGCCCGUGCCCUCAAAAGUGUUGUCCAUGUCCUCCGUGCCCUCAAAAGUGUUGUCCAUGUCCUCCGUGCCCUCCGUGCCUUCCAAAAUGCCCACCUGUGCAGGACUGCUGCAAAGUAAAGAAGCUCUGUUAGUGCCCACGGAACCACCGACGUCUAUGGAAUGAAAAUGAAAUACAGCCCCUCGUGCAGUAGCGCUCUCCUCACUCUGCUGGUCUAGCAUUCCUCUUGCACUGUGACAUGUAACACUUGUGGUGUAGACUCUUUAGUCUUGGUGAUUUUUCCCCUCUGGUCUCUUUUCU